AACUUAGUUGCUCGAGCAAGGCCAUGCCCGGGUCCCGUUCUCCCCAAACUUUAGCGGCUUUACUCCCAGGAUUCAAGCCUAAUUCAUGAGACUGUGUGCCAUGUGCUCCUCUUGGAUGCAGGCAAGUUACUUCUGAUCCCUUUGGGAAAGGAGCAUGUAUUCCACAAACUCUGCCUGGAGUAGUUGAUUUCGUGUCUGGCAUUUUUGGAUGUGAUGUAGGUAGCUCUAGGAAGUUUUGGACCUCUUGGGCAGCAGAGACAACAUCUUCACAAUAUAGUAAUUGGAGGCUUGAGUUAUAAAACCUAACACCCAAGUUGUAAAAGAGUGUAAAGACGAAGGGCUACAGCGGAGCCAAAACAGAAGAUGGUGAGCUUUGAGGAUGUGGCCGUGCAUUUCACAGAAGCAGAAUGGGCUUUGUUGGGCCCAAAAGCAAGGGAGGUGUACAAGGACGUCAUGUUGAAGACCUAUGAGAAUAUGGCCUCCAUGGGACUUUCUUUUUCAAAGCCAGAUCUAAUCUCCUGUUUAGAACAAGGGGAAAUCCUGUGGGAAUCUGAUCAGCAGAGAGAGAUCCCUUCUGGACCCUGCUCAGGACCUGAGCAAGGGAGUGAGAAUGAAGAGAUGUCCAUUCAGGCAUUGGAGAAACAGAAGGCAAUGAGGUUGCAGACUCCUUUGACUUGCAAGGAAAAUGGGGAGAGCACAGAGAUUAGGCCAGGAGCCAGGAGGCAGCAAAGAAAACAUCUUAGGAAGCAAAAGGCCAAAGCCAUUCCUAGCAAGAAAAGUCGAGUCCAGAGGAACUGUCUCAGGAAUAAGAGUCCAAAGAACAGCUCGGCUUCCAAAGUGCCUAACAGAAGGAGAUCAGAAAAAUGUUCAAUCUGUGGCAAAACCUUCUGCAAUAACACUUACCUGGUCAUUCAUAAGCGCUGCCAUACAGGAGAGAAGCCUUAUAGAUGCUCCGAGUGUGGGAAGAGUUUCAGUUCCACAUCAAACCUUCUUUCUCAUGGGAAAAUCCACAGUGGAGAGAGACCCUAUCAAUGCUCAGAUUGUGGGAAAUGUUUUGUAUGGAACCGAGACCUUCAAAAACACCAAACCGUCCACACCGGGGAGAAACCCCAUGCAUGUUCCUCCUGUGGAAAGAAGUUCAGGAGCAAAGCACAUGUGGUUAGACAUGAAAUAAUCCACCAAGACGAGAGGCCUUUCACGUGCUCAGAAUGUGGAAAAGGAUUCCGAUACAAAGAGCAUCUCGCUCUUCACAAGAGGAUUCAUACAGGAGAGAAACCCUACAAAUGCUCAGACUGUGGGAGGAGUUUCAGUUGUGGAGGGAAUUUUCGCAGACACAAGAAAACUCAUGGAGGAGAGAAAUUGCAUACGUGUUCAGAUUGUGGGAAAAGUUUCAGAAAUAAUUCAGACCUGAAAUUACACAGAAGAAUCCAUACUGGUGAGAAACCUCAUCGCUGUUCAUUCUGCAAUAAAAAUUUUCGCUGCAGCUCAACCCUUGUAAAACAUAAGAGAACCCACAGUGAAGAAAAACCAUAUAAAUGCCCAGAAUGUGGCAAAUGUUUAAGUCAAAAAACUUGCCUUGCUUCUCAUAUGAAACUGCAUAAACACCAGUGUUCAGAUUGUGGGAAAAUGUUCAGCCAACUUGCACGCCUCCAGCUGCAUAAAAGGAAACAUACAGGUGAAAAACCAUUUGAAUGCGUGCAUUGUUUAAAAAGUUUUGAUUGCAGGUCUUCACUGAUGAUUCAUGAGAGAAUCCAUACAGGAGAAAGACCCUAUGUAUGCUUAGUGUGUGGGAAACGCUUCGUACAGAAAUCCAAACUGGUUCGUCAUGAGAGAAUCCACACGGGGGAGAAACCAUUUCAGUGUUGGGCUUGUGGGAAAAGGUUUAACAACAGCUGUGGUCUUACGGCGCACAGAAAAAUUCAUGAGCGAGAGAAACUGUUUCGCUGUUCAAAUUGCAGAAGUUUUGUGCGGAGGUCUGACCUCCUUAAACACAAGAGAACCCACGAAGAGGGGAAAUCAUUUAAAUGUAUGGACUGUGGGAAGACCUUCAUUCAAAAAACACAGCUAACUAAACAUUGUAAAACCCAUACACAAAAGGUUGUCUAAGAGCAAGGGCAAUAUAAUACCUGAGCUUUCCAGUUCUUUGGAGACAAGUGGGACUAAUUGAACAAAGGGAAAUUAACCUGUUUAUUGCAUUUAUGCAGUUAAUUUCACCUGGUAUCCUACAUCUAUAGCCUAAACCCACUCCUCAACCUUCUACCAUCUUCCCUUCUUGCCAAGUGGUGCUCAGCUGUCUCUAGAAGGGGGCAAGUCUCCCCCCCGCCACAUACUGUCUUUCAGGAGAAUAAAAGUAAGCAAUAUAUAAUGAAGUAAUUUCUGUUUUAAAAUAUAUGCAAUAAAAUAAUUGCUGCUUGUACAGCUUUGAAGUGUGUGACGAGACGUAUCAGCUCUUCCUCCUUUGGAGAAGAAAAGAGUUAAAAUCAAACUUUGCAAGAGGUAAAGAAAAUAACAUUUUAUUCACUGUAAAUUUCAGUCAGUUAAUGCUGAGGCUGUGGGGAAAUGCUCAAUCCCACUGGUUUUUCGCCCUCAGUCCAGCAGCAUUUCUACUGUGAUGGGAAAACUCAGCUAGGAACACACCAACAAUUGGGGAAGAUCACAUAGUUGUUUUAUUAAAGCUAGAAAGCUACGGUGAGUUGCAGGUCUCCUGCGAAGAAUGAAAAGUGCCAGAGCGUGUUCAAUCAAAUUGUGGUUGUGGGGUUACAGAGAAUGACAAGGGUACAUCUGAUUUUUUUUUUUUUUGCGAUUGAUAAAGGGUACAGAUAGGGGCCUACCUAUGUGCAGAAGGAGAACACUUUGUAAUGCAGUGUGUUUAGCCUUUGAAAAAGCGUGAAUGCCAGUUUGAUGAACAAGAAUUAAGACACCCCCCAAAGUAUUAACACUCCUCAUAAGCUUGCCUACAGAAAUAAUAGAGAUGGUUUUAAUAGAAAUUAGAAGCACAGAGGCUUUCCAGAGUGUUGCAAAACUAAGCUUGCUAAAGGUAACCCCAAAUGUAUCAUGGGACAAGGCGAACAGCAGGAAACAAGAAACCGGCACUGUGGUUAGAAACGAUGCUGGAAGAGAACAGUUAUUACAAUAUGGUAUAUGCAGAUUAGCUUGGGCAUUAGAAGUGUUUAUGUAACCCUAAAUGUGUUAAAUGUUGCUGACCAUUGCAAGAUACUGUAUAAGAAAUAGCAGAAACUUCAGUUAGAGAUCCCCAUAAAGGGUGACCACAAGGAGUUAGGUUUGUGGUAAAUGUGCUAUAAAGACCACCGAACAACGAAGUGGAUACACGAGCUUUGAGAGAGAUCUCCUUGCGUCUUUUCUCUGAGCAGAAUAAAGUUUUGCUUCCA